AGUUCGACCCAUUUGCGAAUAGUUCGGAUUGGCGUAUGAAUUGGAACAUCAACAUAGAUUAUUAAGAUGUCUCGUGUCGAAUUUCGAGGGAAUUGCGCCAUUCUUUGGCUUGGCAGUGCAGAAAACAAAUUUACUACAGAGUCUGUCUACAGAAUUAAAAGCCAAAUUAGCGAAAUAUUGAGACAUAAUCAAGUCAAAGUCCUUAUCACUGCCAGUAGUGGGAAGUUCUACAGUAAUGGUAUCGAUCUUGAUUGGUUGGGGCAACAGCAAGCGGAAACGUCGGAAUCAUUUUUCAAUAAUUUAAUUGAUCUUAUUGUCAUGAUUCUUACUCUGCCAGUCUUUACCAUAGCAGCUAUAAAUGGACAUGCAUUUGCUGCAGGAGCGAUAUUGGCUUUGGCUCAUGAUUUUCGUGUCAUGCAAAAGGGGCGUGGUUGGAUAAGUCUACCAGAAGUAUUUCUGGGGCUAAACUUUACUCCAGGAUUGCAGGAAAUGAUGAAGUCUAAGAUUGGCUCUCCUUCAUGUCUACGAGAUGCAAUUUUGUUAGGCAAGCGUUUUACAGCUGAAGAAGCUCUAGACAAGCAGCUAGUCGACAGAGCGUGUGAACCGGGGUGUGCUGUUGAGACUUCAGUUCAACUUGGAGAAGAAAUAGUGAAUGGGAGAGAUUAUGGAAGAGAAAUCAUCAAGUCGCUGAAAGAGGAUUUGUAUGCAAAUUCUCUGAGGCUAUUCAGAGAGUACAAUUUGUCCAGAAGUGUCGCUGUCUCUAAAUUGUAGUAGAUGCAUGCUUACAGAUAUAAUAUUAAUUAAGACUAGACGUUUGGACCAGUCUGGACACGCUUUCCUCAUUCCAACCCAGUGUCACAGGGUAGAGCUCUCUUCCACGCAGGACCUCCUGGAGAAAUUAGAUCCUAGGAUCAAAAUUCCCCCUGAG